UACGGGUCUCCUGCAGCGCAGAUCCCGUCUCCAUGCCACAAACAAGCCUCGCACGAAUGCUUUUGCUUUUGCUCCACGAGACACAAGUCCAACCAAUUCCGCUCUUCUAGCCUAUGAGUUCAUUGCUUAAUUCAAAAUCUUCGCUCUUGGACAGCAUGCGACCCAACAUGUUGACUUUUCGACCUGUUGGUUAAACAUUGCGACUCGUCCUCCUUUCUUCUUUCCUUCCAUCCUUCCAUCCUUCCAUCCUUUCCACAUCAAGAACUCACCCAGCAUUAUGGGCAUCUUCAAGGCCCAAUAUGUGGCCCCCACGGGGGUUGUCUCUAACAAUGGGAGCGUGUCAUCAGGAAUCCCCGCCUCGAAUGAUGUUGAAAAAGAUGGAGGUACUGAGCUCAAAGAGUCGACCACAACCAGUGUACGAAUAGACCCUGCACUGGAGAGAAGAGUCGUGCGCAAAAUUGACCUCCGUGUAACUCCACUCGUUACCUUCUUGUUUUUACUUUCGUUCCUCGACCGAUCGAACAUCGGCAAUGCGCGUAUUGCUGGCAUGGAAGAUGACCUCGAUCUGACUGGCGAUCGAUAUGACUGGUUGUUGACGAUAUUCUACAUAUCGUAUAUUGUGUUCCAAUUCCAAGGUUUUAUGUGGAAGAUAGUAAAGCCGCAUACUUGGGCUUGCUUCAUCACUCUUGCCUGGGGAAUCGUUGCAACCUGUCAAGCGGCCACCCAGUCAUGGGGCGGAGAGAUGGCCUUGCGAUUCCUGCUCGGUGCUGCCGAGGCGGGCUUCGGGCCGAGCAUUCCUUACCUGCUCAGUUUCUUCUAUCUCAGGCACGAGCAUGGAUUCCGCAGCGGAAUCUUCCUCGCAGCGGCUCCUCUCGCCAACACGUUCGCUGGAGCUUUGGCCUACGGAAUCACAAGUGGCCACCCGAGCAUUGCCAAAUGGAGGCUACUAUUCCUUGUGGAAGGCAUUCCGACCAUCCUGGCAGCUCCCUUAGCGUGGUUCUUCCUUCCCGAUAGCCCGACCAGUGCUAGGUUCUUGACCGCGGAAGAAAAGGAGGUUGCCAGGGCUAGAGUCAUCAGGCAGCAUGGUCACCAAGAGGAAGGAAAGCACCGCGUCAGUCUGAAGGAGAUCGGCCAAACACUGAUUGACGCCAAAGCGUGGUUUACAGCGUUGAUGUACUUCUCAUGCAAUGUGUCCUACUCGUCGUUGCCAGUCUUCUUGCCCACCAUCCUCAAUCAAAUGGGGUUCUCCUCGAUCAACGCUCAAGGGUUGUCGGCACCGCCAUAUUUUAUCUCCACCAUCGUCACAGUUAUGACAUGUUGGAUCGCCGAUCGAACUCAACAGCGAGGACUCAUGAUUGCCUUCUUGAGCUGUGUGGCUGGCAUCGGGUACAUCCUUCUCGCAACGUGCACGGCGGUAGCCCCGAGGUACUUUGGAACAUUUCUCUGCGCGUCCGGGGUGUUUCCCGCGAUCGCCAAUAUUCUGCCGUGGGUCGUCAACAACCAGGGAAGCGACAGUCGCCGGGGAAUGGGAAUAGUCCUUCUCAACCUCGUCGGACAGUGUGGCCCACUUCUCGGAACUAGGAUCUUUCCCAAAUCUCAGCAGCCGCGAUACGUGGAGGGACAGAGUAUCUGUGCGGCAUUUAUGUUCUUCAACGCACUGCUGGCCCUGUCGCUGAGAACGCUUUUGGUGUGGGAGAACAAGAGAUUGGACAAGAAGUAUGGGUCCCAAGGCGGUGCGGAGACGCGCAGGGCGACGGGUGGCAAGGCUGACACGAAUGUGGGAGAAGAGAACUAUGGCAGUGCGUUCAGGUAUAUUCUCUAGAGGGGGUUUCUCGAAAUCGCCGAGGCCGGACUCCUAUACCUAUCCUCUGGUGCACCUCUCUGUGCACAUGCAGCUGUCAGCAUUGAUAGCAUUGAUAUGGGCCUGUUUAGGGACUAGCGCCGCCGCCGCAAACCUGCAUGAACCCUGG